UAUCAGUUUGAUUUCUGGCGGUUUGUUUUGAACGUCUAAAAACGCAAAAUAUAUGAUGAUAAGUUAUAUUAACUUUUAACGGAAAAAAAAACUUUUGUCCACACAAUGGACGCACAAGCCAGAUCUGUUUUAUAUCGGAUAAUCCGGAGAAUACCAAACAGAAAUAUAGAAAACCUUCUGAAGAGAUGGAAUUGUUUAUCAGCAGAUCAGCUGCGCGCUCUGGAUUACACGAGACCCAAAUGGAUGAUAGUGGAACAUGUCAUUAGCUUCUGUGAGGAGAGCAGACUUAGCCUGAAGCACGUCACUAAUUUGGAAAUGAUCUAUCGUAUAGAAAAUCCUGAUCAAGGCAUCUGGCACGCAUGUCAGCUUACUGAGGCACAAGAUGAUGCAGUUUGUGUAGAGCUGACACAGUUUAAAGAGCAGUUUAAAGCACAUUUGCAUGGGGUCAUUCGACAUAUUUCCAUUAAGAUGAAGAAACAUGAGGAUGAGGCUAUAUGGAUUCGGAUUGCCUGGGGAGACAACUUCAGCAAACCCAACCACCUUAAGCCAACUUAUGUUGUGCACCACCUACACACUUCCUAUGUGUUUAUAUCCAACCUCAUGGCCAAACACAAGAUCCUUCUAUGUCAGGCAUUAGUAAUAGCCACAAAACAUGGCUCUAUAAAGGAUGGCCUCCUGAGCACCAAGAGUCUCACUGCAAUGAGGGACUUGCUUCUGAGACGUUAUCAGCAGGUUUUUCCAAAUGCUCAUUCAAGGCUCCUACAAGAAAGAAAAACUCUCCCAUCACACCCCUGUAUUGGAAAGGAACACAAGGACCAUGAAGAGAUAAGACAUCAGAUGGCCUGUGAGGCGUUUGGACACGGCGCUACACCAAAGCUAGAAACCGCUGUGUAUAGACUUGAGACAAGGUACAAAGGAAAUGGCAACUACACCCUCAGUGACAAAGAGGAGUUCUUCAGAGGGGUGGUCAGGUUCUCAAGCAGCAGUCUGUUAGAGUCCUUGCGCCACUGUGUUGCUUCAGGCAUGGCUGAAGGUCCUGUCACUCCGCUGUUGUCUGCCAUCACUCAGAGGGGAAGGAAUUAUUUUGUUAUCACAGACAAAGGCCCUGGUGUUUCCAGCCAAGCAUCAUCACAGAGAGCCUGAUGACAAUUGACGUUGCUGAGGAAAAUCAGUUCAACUAGGAUGUGCAUACAUGAGAAUAUAUUGUGCCACCUGCAUCCUGCAAAGAUGAGAACGUUAGAGAAGGCAUUUGUGUAGUCUUGGCGUCAUCAGUAUUGUCCCCUAAUCUGAUCCAGCAGGGAGAAAUCAUUUUGUAUUUUUUUUUUUUUUUUUUUUACAAUUAACCUCUAUAUAUAACCCAUAUAUAGCAAAUAUAGCAUGUAUUAUUUUUAGUGUCAUUUUAGCAUUGUUUUAAAUAAAGUUUAAAAAAAAAGAAAAUUGUAAUAACAGUUAUUUUUAAUAUACCUAUCUGAAUUUAGUCCUUUUCAAGCUGUGUAAUGUGCAAUUGCACAAAAAAAAGUUGUAGAAAUUUGUACAAAAUCAGACUUUAACCUUCUUUCAUGCACAUGCAAUCAGGCAGUCAAUAUUGUAUGAAAGGAUUCAAUGAUAAAUGUUGAAAAUGGAAAUUCAAAUUUCAUUAACACUUGCAAUUUUGGGUUACGCUUUAUAUUAAGGUAUCCUUGUUACAGUGUAAUUAUACAUUUAAGUUCUGAGUAAUAUUAAUUAGUUAGAAAAAGGGGUUGGUUUAGGGUUAGUUGCAUGUAAUUAUGCACAAUUUAUUAUUAAUACAGCAAGAACAUGUAACAUGUAACAAGGUCACUGUAAAAUGAAGUUACCCAUUGUGUCUUAGAUCCUUACAAAAAAACAUCUUUCCUUUACAAUGCCAUACAGUCAUCAUUGCUAAAAUAAAACCGGUAACUUGUUUUUGAAAUCAUAUUUGUCACUGUCUUCCAUGUAAGAGUAGAGAAAAUGUGUUGAAAAUACGCUAUAAACCUGUUAACACAAUUUUGGUCUUAAAGAGAUAAUCCAUCCCAAAAUAAAAAUUCUCAUAU